GGUCAAAAAUCAGGAAGUAAAUAUUUUCAAAUCGCAUUGUGUUGUAACAGGAAGUUUAGCUGGGAUUGCUGUUAACGGGAAUCUAAAGAAGAAAAUGCAAAGAUCUACACAGCAUAAUGACGAGAGAUUUACAGAAUACGAAAUAGCAAGAGUGAGGAGGCGAUAUAUGAUACUGUUCGUUGUCAAGUGUCUGCUGGGUGUUCUACUACUUAUACUUGGCGGUGUAGCUGUAAAAACUACAAAAGGACAGAAGGACACAUUUGGUCCUCCGUAUUUUCUUGGAGCCUUUAUAGGUGGAUCUGCAAUGAUCCUAGCAAGCCUGAUGGACGUUUUCAUGUACCUAAAAUUAACCUCCAACGUCUCAGCCAUACUGCAAAGUUUAUCACAAUAUGAUUGCAUUGACGUUUUCCUUACUGUUAUUACAAUUAUUGGCGGAUCUGUUGGCAUCUUCUUCGUGUCUGUAUUGGGUGUUCCGCAGUGUGACCCUUCAUAUUUCUUAAGCCACUGUAAUUAUACAGUCAACCAGUAUACAAAUCGUUGCCUUGCAAUAGGCAUCCUAACAUCUCUUCUAGUUAGUGAAAUAAUAGCAAUUGGAAGCAUCGUGAUGCACUAUCGUAGUUGUAAAGGUCUUAGUCCGUACAGUAUGCUGAAAGCUAGGAAGCGAAGAUUUGCUCUUCAUCAUAAUGUUUAUAUUGCUGGAGGGGCUGGAAAUGUUGCCAUGACAACAGUUCCUGGACCAAGACCUUAUGCUAUUGGUUUUAGAGCUAAACGUAACAGAGCAGGCAAACAGAUUAUAAUUGAUGGUAACGUUAUAGAUGGAGGCGGUUUUGCUGGAGCCAUUAUACACCCACCAAAUAAUAUUACUGUUGUACAUCCACCGGUCGGGUAUCCCCAGUUCCAGAGUGUAAACAACCAAAAUACGCAGUAUAGUCAUGAAUGUCAAGGCAGUUCCUUGGGAGCAUCUGUACAUCAAUUACAAGAACAAAACAGAUUACUAAGGGAGCAGAUUGUGCUACAACAACAACUUCAAUUAAUGCAGCGACAGGAGCGGCAACAACAAAGCGCAUUGUCACCGUCGCUCCCUCUGCAGCCUCCAAGUUAUGAAUCCUGCAUGCAAGACCCAGAACAGAUGCAGUUCCUACAAGAGCAAAAUGAAGAAUUACAAAAUAUAUAUCAGAGUCAACAAGAACAAAUAACGAAAAGGAUACCUUUUUCUAGUGACAGAAACACCACACCUUCAGCUCUGCCUAUGUGACACUUCAAGCAUUCAGCACGACCUGCCUGUAUGAAUGUGACACAUAACACGACCUGUAUGAAUGUUGCACAUUAAACGACCUGUAUGAAAGUGACACAUUAUGAGACAUGUAUGAAAGUGACAUAUUACGCGACCUGUGUAAAGCUUACUGUUAACGUUAAAGAGAGUCAGGACUUUAUCAGAAAGAUUUAAACAUGAUCUCAGAGUAGAAACAGGCAGGUAGUUCCUUAAUAAUACAAUCAAUACAUAUAAUGAUUUUGUGUUCAUUGUCAUAUAAAACUGCGGUAUAUAGAAAUGCAUUCUUUUACUAUACUAAUUUUCACAUUUAAAUUCCUCAAUAUGUCUGACCGUGAAGUUGUGUCCUGCAAUAUUUUUUGUUGGCAAUUUAUUUGUUCGUUUGCUGUUUUGUUAUCAUACCGACAUAUAUCAAGUGAUAACUGAUCAUAAAAACGUACAUUAUUUGCUGUUUUAGGCCCGAAACGUUGGAUGUAAACUGAUGCUGCGAAAAUUUUCAUUAAAGGCAAGCUCUUUCCCGGGCUGUGACACUCUCGUGUAACCCAUAUAAAAUAAUAUAAGAUAAUUAUUAGACACAUAUGUUAAUCUCUGCCGUACUUGAGUUAUGACCAACAAAACAUGUUGCUGGCUAUAUAAUUAUAAGUGGAGUGUAAAAAUUGUUUUAAAAUGUUGCUGCUUUUUAAACUGUAUACAAUAAUAAUAGCCGCUAUUCUAGAUAUCAUAAAGAACACAAAUUCUAUUUUAUCUGUUCCACCACGGCUUUGCGCCAUUUGAGCUAUGUUCAUUCAAAACAUUGAAGUAUUAAAAAAACACUAAUGGCUGCCUUCGAGGAUUUUCUAGGUUUCAUACCUAUUUUUAAAAUUGAAGCAAGUGAAAAGAACUAGCAAAAUGAUAAUAUGACAUCUUUUGAUGCUCAGCUUAAUGUUAAAGAAGUAUUAAAUGACUGUGUUAAAAACUUCUUUUAGCCUUGAUUAUGCUGGUCACGCUUGAUUCUACCUUUGCGACCAAUGCAGAUCAUAUUGAAAGAACGACAAGUUCAUUAUAAAUAAAAAUUUAGAAGGUUUACGGAUAAACAUUUUAAACAGAGACGGGGCAACUAUUAUGUCCUUUCCAUACAUUUUGUCACUUUUUCAAAUUUCACAAUAUCGGAAGGGGACAUCACCUACGAUACCCACUCCGGUUUCGUCCACGAUGUUUCUGCCUCUCGUGUCGUGGCGCGCCUACUUUGUCUUUGAAACAUCUGAUUCUGGAUUUUCUUAUUCUGCUAAAAAUAUUUUUAUAUUGACUUUCGGAGUUUUUACCAUAUGAUUUAGGACAUUUCUGCACAUUUAAUUGUAAAUCAAAGACUUCUAUCUGAUCACAUAGCUGGAUUUGGAUAACAUUAUUCGGGUCGCGGGUUCUGAUUUUUACAUCUGGAAAAUAUAUUUUCGUUGUCGUUAAACAGAAAAAAGAUGCAAAACCAAACAAAAAUUAGGAAAUUGGAAAGGCAUAUAAGUAUGUAUUGCAUUGUCUUUUGUAAAAACAGUCUUAGUGAAGUAUAGUAUUAUUAUUGCCAUCUUUAUAGAGUAGAUAAUUGUUGCAUAGAACAUUAUUAUCCUUGAUAUAUUUACUGCCGUCUUCUUUCUAAAUGUGACAUAUCUUGUAUUAUAUCAGAUUGAUGACAAAAAUUUAAGAUCUCACAGUUAGCAGUGUCUUUUCUUCUGGUGGAAGUACUUCGUAAUAGCCAUGACAACCCAUGUGUAGAAUCCGAUCCCGGUCUAAAAGCCCCAGUACGUAAUUGUGGCGUAACGCAAGAACAAACAAAUAAAAGUUCAUUUAACAAUUUUUAGCUCGACUAUGCGAGGUAUAAGGGGAGUAUCCUACUAACGCCGGGCCGGUAUCGGCGUCUUUCCACGUCCCCACCUUGGUUAAAGUACUGUGAAAUCAUUUAAUUUCGUCGGCACGAAAUUUCGUGGUUUUGCCCAAAACGGCUGUUUCGUGGGGACAUAAAUUCGUGGAUUUUCAAUUUUUGUAAAAAAAAAUGUAUAAUUUCCACAGGAAUAGAUCUACAAGUACUUCUGUCCUGACAUGUGCAACCUACACGUGUCAAACAGCGCUUCCAUGGUUACCGAAAUUGCAAUCUACGCCGCGGGAGAUUAGCGAGUGAUCAUGUGCCAAUUAACGACCGCGUUAUCUAUAAUUAUACGACCCCUAAUUUGCAAAACGUUUUAAAACUGUGAAAUAUUCAAUAAGAAAAGUCGGCGCCAAUUAAAAAGUGUCAAAACCGUAGCACCUUGCACAAUUAGCAUUCAUAAUCGAAACAAAUAUACAAGUUGAUCAUUGAUCAUUUGAUCGUGUUUUAAACAAGAACUAGUUAUUGUACUGCAAAUUAUAACAAACUGUUAUAGA